AUGCGGCUUCCCUGUUGGCGGGGAUGGGUGGGGGAGGGGGAGGGGGAGGGGGAGGGGGAGGGGGAGGGGGAGGGGGAGGGGGAGGGGGAGGGGGUACAGGGAGGGGGAGGGGGGGGGGGGGGGGGGUACUUGGGGGAGGUUUCCACGUGCAUCAUCGAGGACCUGAACGCCGCUAACUUGACUACCGACCGUAAGACGACUAUCCUAGUCUGCAACCCACGCCACACCAUGGCGACAGACUCCGGAGCUCGGUCCAAGAUGUGCGGCUUCGAUGUCACCACAUUGACCCACACCCGCGUGGUGCAAAUGGAGGAGGUAGUACCCAUCUACGGGAUACCGAUGCUUCUCGGAAUUGUCGAGACUUUUAAGGCGCUUUUCCGUAACAUGUGGCUGCGUCAGAUUUUGGCGGACAUGCGACCGGAUGACGGAGCGUGGGCGGUGUCACGCCCCGGGCUGGAACGAGUCGUGGUGUGGAUGGCGCUGUCCUGGAAGGGCGUUUCGAGGGCGACAAUCAUGCGUUCAUGGGCAGCGGCGGAUUGCGUCCCCCCGAACUGGCAGCACUUGUUUCUUGCGUCACUGCCCAGGGUUAGCACCAUAGUGCUGGACCAGUUAACAGAUGAGCUAAUGCGUUUACAGAGACAGAUUGAUCGGUACAUCCCCCACUGGGACCGCUUGUCCGCUGUCAAGUACGUGUGUGUCGAAGCAGAUCAUCCUGUGUGCACUAACGUCGUGACUGACGGAGAUGUUCAUAUCGGUUGUGAUACCGGUGCUGAGCCUGAGUCGGCACCUGGCUACUUGGAUGACGCCAGGAGCAUUCGUCGCGUCAUGCUCACGUUGUCCGGGGCGUUGGCGAAACGAGCCCUUGACUCAGGCAAGGACCCCGCCGACGUUGUUGUAGAUGCUGGCAUUACGAACGCAGAACUGGUAGGAGCUAGUGGCAUUAGGGUUUCACCGGUAGGCCUGAUGUUAGGCAACAAGUGCGAUGCGUGCGAACUCGAGUUUGCGGAUGACAACGCGUUGCAGUCUCAUGUAACAAAAAACAACGUCUGUCGGCAGAAGCUUAAACAUAUUUACGCAUCAAAGUUAGUCGCUGCUUAUCGGGAGGCGCUGAUUGCGUUAGCAGCGUCGAAACCGCCGGUGUGUUCUCCCGAGAGCUCCAAGGCACCGCCGCGGUCGAGCAACCUUAAGCGACCGCAUGUAGAGGUCAGUCCGCCAGCACCAACUUCGGAGGCGGAUUGCGAUGAUGCGCACUCUGAUGUGACAAGCAUCGAUGACUGUUUCGACACGUUACAGGAGCUGUAUCUGUUUUUCCGCGAUGCGGACCUUUCGAUUAGGGAAGUAAACAGGUUACUUCACAUUUUCAGAAGCCCCCUGUUUGAUCUACAAGCUGCUCGCUCAUGGCGCAAUGCGGCGGAUGUGCGGCGUUAUGGAAAGGAGCGAGAGCCGCCGGACAUUGUUCCUUGGACCAUGGAAGAGAUCAAGGUGUUCGGGCCCCACGGCAAGGUGGCCAGGUUGACACUUCACGUCAGGAACACGGAGUUGCUGGUGAAGAAGUUGGUGAGGACAUUUGUGCACGUGCGCGGUUUUGUCACGCAGCCUCGGACGGAUGUCGAGGACGACGAGGACACUCGGCAUUACAGCACGCCCGACACGGGGAAGUGGUUUCACGAGUGUCAGGCGGCGUUACCCGAGAAGGGAUCAUGGGUGCUGGGGGUCAUUGUUUACAGUGACAGUACCUAUGCAUCUGGAAACGGCAGGAGACAAGCGUGGCCUGUUCUCAUAACGCUGGUUAACAUACCGGAGGGGUUCAGGUGGACGGAACCCGGAUUUGUACUGGCGGCUGUCCUUCCGUUUCCGCCGGAAUGGGCAUCGUCAACGGAGAAGACGCGCGUUUAUCAAGAGGCGCUGAAGAUCAUUCUUGCGCCACUUUUGAGGGACCACAAAGACGCGGAGCUCCGAUUCAUAUUUGUGACAGACGUUAACGGGAAGGCUGUGAAGGGGUACCCGUGUCUGUUUGCAGAAGUCGGAGAUUAUCCGGAGCUGUCCCGCGCAACCGGGACGAUGCAGGCGACGUCUCACCGCCCAUGUAGCAGCUGUUACGUGAGGGAGGACAACCUUGCCCGUGUCGACCUGCGAGCUCCCGCGCGCACCGUGGAGAAGCAACGGCGCAUUGUUCACGCCAUCCAAACGGCGGCGACGGAUACUCUGGCUCAGCAGACGGAGUGGGGGAAUGUGUUCCUUGCGUGCGUCGCGGACAUCUUGCACGCCGCCGCCAACUAUGCGGCAUUCGAGCACAGGGCGAUGAUGCAAGUGAUGCCGCUUAUCAUUGCGGACAAGAUGGACGGAAUGAAACCGAAGGAGCGCGAGCAGAGAGAGCGCGAGGUGCGAGCGUUCCGGAUGUACGCCACCUUUUACAAGGCGCUUGUGGGCGUGGUGAAGCACACGCGUGCUUCAUUGGCGGUGGUCAGACAACAUGCAAUUUUGAUGGUGGACGCGCUGAUCGUUGCUUUCCCUGCACAGUCAUCAGGAUGGAAAUUGCCGAAAGUCCAUGCAGUGGUCCACCUCAUUGACGGCAUCCCCAUGCGGGGUAUGCCGCACGAGUACUCAACCAACGCGUGGGAACACAGUCACAAGGUGACUGUCAAAAUCCCGGUGAGGGGGGGGAAUUGGAAAGACGUUCCUCGACGGAUAGUGGAGGAGGAGGUGCAGAGGGAGUUGGCGCGAGAAGUGGCGGUGGAUGCAUGCGGUGGAAGACAGUACACAACCGCACUACGUGAGGCUGUGCGGCUGCAGGAGUACGUGCUGACGCGCCGGUCUCGGGUGGCAAACCCUUCUGACCCUGAGGAUGGCACCCUCGCUCCAUACCGCUCAACACUUGGAAGCGACAUGAACGCCUUGACGUCGUGCACCGCGCGUGCUGACCUUUCUCUGGACCGAUUCUGGGUGAGUGGUGUCUUGUGUGAUGUGUGCUCUUGCGAUGGUCCCACAGAAAACUGGUUCUCGGAUGUGGCGGUGAAGUCACCAAAGGAGGAGGAGGAGUGGUAUGCCCGGUGCUUGUGCAUUUUCCGGGCAAAGCAGACAGACGGGACGAUUGCCAGAUUUGCGUACGUGAAGUACUAUGAGGCGGCAGGGGUGUGUGGGCUGACCACAUGCGUUCAGUUAACGCCCGGGCGAGUGAAAACGAAGUACGCGGUGGUGGCGAUUGAGUGCAUCAAGAGGGUGGUGCACAUCUGCAAGUCGUUUGUGAAUGCCCGUGUGCUGCUUCUGAACAAGUUUCUCCUCUGCGAGUGA